CAUGCUGCGCUCUUCGUCUGUUCGAGCAACAAUGCAUGCACGAUCUGAAGUUGCUUUCUACGUCAGAGGGUAAUGAAGACAUGAUGUGAUGAGGACGUGUGCGUAGGACGUCAACUUUGCAGAGAAGAGUGCCGGCGGGGCUCAUGGGACAGGAAAACUGGACACAAAUGUUCACUUCAGGGAUGAAUGCCUCCCCAGGGAUGGCGCCGCCGUCACCAGAGAUGAGUGGCAGCCCGCCAUCAAGAACCUUCCAGUCUGAGGGCUCUCCCAAGAUUCCUCCCAACCCUCCAAAUUCCCCUGCCAUAUCCAUCAUGAGCUCUCCCAGACUGUGGCAGAAGGCCUCCAUCUCCAGACUGGCAGAGGAGUUUUUCUGGAUUGGUGGGAGUGUGGUCGCUCAACCCAAAUGGAGGCUGGGCCAAUUUGUGGAAAGGUGCAUGUGCACGAUGCAGACAGGGAGCCAGAUGACCAAAAUGAAGGGAAAGAAGAAAAGACUCGUACGCUUCUACUACUUGGAUGAACAUCGCUCGUGUAUCCGGUGGCGUCCCUCCAGGAAACAAGACAAAGCCAAAAUUACAAUCGACUCCAUCCACGAGGUGCGCGAGGGGAAAAAGUCUGAGGUUUUCAGGAGGUACGCUGACAACCGCUUCGAUCCAAAUUGCUGCUUCAGCAUUUACUAUGGCGAUCGUGUCAAGUCCCUGGACCUGGUCAGCUCCAAUAGCGAGGAGGCCCGCACGUGGAUUACCGGACUCAAGUACCUCAUGGCCGGCAUCAGCGACGAGGACAGCUUGGCUCGGAGGCAGCGCACCCGCGAUCAGUGGCUUCAGCAGACUUUCUCGGAAGCAGACAAAAAUGGGGACGGCACCCUGAGCAUUGGAGAAGUCCACCAGCUGCUUCACAAGCUCAACGUGAAUCUACCCAAACAGAAAGUCCGUGCGAUGUUCCAGGAGGCAGAUACAGAUGAGAACCAAGGCUCUUUGGCAUUCGAGGAGUUCUGUUCCUUCUACAAGAUGAUCUCCACGCGGCGAGACCUCUACCUCAUCAUGAUUUCUUACAGCAACCAAAAAGAAGUCAUGGACCUGCACGACCUCGCCCGCUUCUUGGAGAACGAGCAGAAGAUGCGAGGUCUACCCAGAGAACACCUGAUGGAAAUUGUGGCGAAGUUUGAGCCGUGUCCUAACAACCUUCAACGUCUGGUUCUGGGAAUAGACGGUUUCACCAACUACAUGCGAAGUCCCGGAGGUGACAUCUUCAAUCCAGAGCAUAACCAGGUGAACCAGGACAUGACGCAGCCGCUGUGCAACUACUUCAUCGCCACAUCACACAACACCUACCUCACCGGAGACCAGCUUCUGUCUCAGUCCAGUGUUGAGAUGUACGCUUAUGUUCUCCAGGCUGGAUGUCGUUGUGUGGAAGUGGACUGCUGGGAUGGGCCAGAUGGCGAGCCCAUUAUUCACCAUGGUUACACCUUGACAUCCAAAAUACUUUUCAAAGAUGUCAUUGAAACGAUCAACAAAUACGCCUUCACCAAAUCACAGUACCCGGUGAUUUUGUCCAUAGAGAACCAUUGCACUGUGCCUCAGCAGAAGAAAAUGGCAGAAUAUUUGAAGGAGGUGCUGCAGGAGAAGCUGGACCUGUCUAACGUCAACACGCAUGAAUGCAAAAAGUUGCCCUCCCCAGAAAUCCUCAAAGGAAAAAUCUUAGUCAAGGGAAAGAAGCUCCCUGCAAACCUGGAUCCCAAUGCAGAGGAAGGAGAUGUGUCUGAUGAAGAUACCGGGGAUGAGGAAGAGGAGGAGGAUGAGGAAGAGGAAGAUUCCCAGGAGGAAAACAGCGGUCUAGCUGCUAGACAGCCCAAGAAUAAGAAACGCUUCGGCAGAUCCAUCAUGAGGAGCUUCAAACGCAAGAGGAAAAAGAGAAUCCGGGUGAGGAGUAAGGUCAGGUCUGAUGGCGAGUCAGACUACAGCAGCAGCAGGGACAGGACACAAAUUGUUUAUCACCCCAAGAAGAGGAAGACAAUGAGGCUGUCCCGUGCUCUGUCCGACCUCGUCAAGUACACAAAGUCCGUGCGAGUGCACGACAUAGAAACACAAGCCUUUACAAACACUUGGCAGGUGUCGUCACUCAACGAAACCGUCAUGAACCAGAUCGUCCUGCUGAAACCUGGUCACCUGGUGCGUUUCAACCAGCGCCAACUCCUGAGGGUCUACCCAUCCAACUACCGGGUGGACUCCAGCAACUUCAACCCACAACCCUACUGGAACGCAGGAUGUCACAUGGUUGCAAUGAACUACCAAACAGAGGGUCGCAUGCUUGAACUGAACCAAGCCAAAUUCGCAAGCAAUGCAAACUGCGGAUACAUUCUGAAGCCUAAAAUCAUGCGUAAAGGUGCCUUUAACCCCAAUGUGGAGGAUCCACUUCCAGGACAGAAGAAGAUUCAAUUAGUGCUGAAGAUCAUCAGCGGACAGCAGCUUCCCAAACCUAAAGACUCCAUGUUUGGAGACAGAGGAGAGAUCAUUGAUCCCUUUGUGGAGGUUGAAAUUAUUGGCCUACCCAUUGACUGUUCAAAGCAGCAAACCAGGGUGGUGGAUGAUAACGGUUUCAACCCCAUGUGGGAGGAAACUCUUGUCUUCCACAUUCUAAUGCCACAGAUUGCUCUGGUGCGCUUUCAAGUCUGGGAUCAUGAUCCCAUUGGGAGAGAUUUCAUUGGCCAGAGGACCAUAGCCUUGAGCAGCAUGAUGCCAGGUUAUCGACAUGUGUACUUGGAAGGCAUGGUGGAGUCUUCCAUCUUUGUUCAUAUUGCUAUCAUUGAUGGCAAGGUAAAACCAGCAAAUCCUGUGCAAGUGGCCAGAAAGCAAAUCCAAAAAGCAGCCCAGAAGCACAUGAAGGGACUCCAUAAGCAGCCGUCCGUCGACUCGUCUGUGCAGUCCUCGGAAGAUUGGCCCCCACCAUACCUCCGUAAGGAUGCCGACUCCUUCUCGCAAGACAGCAGGAACGGAGAAAUGGCCGUUCUGGUUCAAGGGCCCGCCACUAGAGCCGCUAUGCACAAAGGGAUCAUGAGUGAACCCGUGAGACGGGCCCACCGAGUCAAAAUUCAUGACCCUAGGAGAGGGAUCUUCAGCAAGAUGUCCUCCAUGGAUUCAAACCCUGUGCCGGCAUUGCUGCUUCAAGACAGCUUUGACCUGGACAGCCCUUCACGUCCAAACAGUCCCACUGAAGACAGACAGGAUCAUGUUCCAGAUAAAUUCAAUGAGCCUCAGUCUUUGUCUGAAGCUGCUGAGUUGCAGACACUUCACACAUUUGGACCAGAGGAACCUGAACCUCCUGUGGUGGUCCAAGCAGAGGCACCGACUGGCCCAGAGCCACCGGACAAAGCGUCACACGCAGCCCCUAACUCAAUAACACAACAUCCUUUACAUUCCGAAGCCAAAUUUGUACCUCUUGUCCCUCCACCAUCCCCGGCUCGGGUCAGAAGGACCUUAGAGGCCCCUACUAUCCCCAGACCCUCCACCCCGAUACGAACAAAAGUCCGGUCGUGCAGCUGUGAUCGAAAUCCCAACACCUCCCCCAUUACACCCAUGGUCAACCGCAGGCCUGCUUCCCACUGGCAAACCGGGCCAGUCCAUAGUAUGUAUAAGGACAGCGGCCGACAGGUGAGGACUGUACCCAACGGUCUGUGCUUGUCCGACAGUUCAUCCAGCAGUGGGAGCAGCUCAGACAGCCUGGAGUUCAAAGAUGGCCCGGUUGUAGCGGGUUCGGAGCAGUGCGUUGGCACACUGCAGAGGGAGAUGAAGACGCUUUUUGAUGAAAAGCUGAGAGCGAUCCGAUGUCAAUCGCCACUUUUGUUUGAUGAUCAGGAUUUGUGAAAACAUAGCCUUUAGGCUUUGUCGCUACUGGUCAGGCUACCAAUGUACAGUGCUAACUUGAUUUACAGUUUUGUACGUUGUGUGAUCAGGCUUGUUCGUCACUAUGCAGUUACGAUAUACCCCGCAUAUUUGCGGUUUAGCAUUCGCAAAUUCUUGUUUUAUUUUGUUUGGGUUUUUUUUGUUUUUUUGGGGAGGGGGUAUACUCCACUAUUUGAUGAAAAUUUUGGAUAUUUGCUUUUUGGGGGCUCAGGGCAACACCAUGUUAAACUCAGGGGAAGAACUUCACUGAGCCAGGUCGUAGUUCAAGAGAAUAAUUGUAUAGCAAAUGCAUUUCCCCAACCUGAAUGAAUUUAAAUUGCUGUUCCAGUCUACUACCUCCCCAAAAGACACCUUUUUUUAAUGUAUUUUUAAUAAUAAAUAAUAAUAAAAAUAGCACUGUAGUGUAUAAAAUCUUUUCCAAAAAUGAAUAAAAGAGAUUGUAAAGAAAUACACUGCUUUUACAUAGUAUAAUUACUGCCUUUAAUGUGUGUGGCUGAUAGUGAGUGACAUCUGGAACUGGAGUCAGUUUGGCCAACUAAGUUUAUGUGUGAGAUUCUGUGUGUGAGUUGGGGUCAACAGCAGCUCCUUGCCAGUACCUUUUAUUGUAUUUGUGUUUCAGUGUCGAACUCAA